UGCCCGUAUUAGACUGCUCCCCGCCGUCGGCCGAUUCGGUAGAGAUCACCUCAUCGUCUAUUGUUUCCUUUCUCCCGUCUCCGUCGACUUCUCGCCUUUCCCCCCUCCAACAUCAUGUCUGAGCACGACUCCGGCUCCUCCGGUGCCUCCAACACCGUCCCCGUUCAGGCAGGUGCCUUGAAGAAGGGCUCACAUGUUGUUAUCAAGGGGUUUCCGUGCAAAAUCAUUGACUACUCCACCUCCAAGACCGGCAAACACGGCCACGCUAAGGCCAAUAUCGUCGGUAUCGACAUCUUCACUGGCAAGAAGUACGAGGAUAUCUCCCCGUCUUCUCACAACAUGAUGUCCCCGGUCGUCACCCGCAAGGACUUCCAGCUCAUAGAUAUUGACGAGGAGGGCUACGUCACGAUCAUGGAUGACAAAAAUGAGACCCGCUCCGACCUUCGCCUCGACUUUGAGAACGAUGACAUUCACAAGAAGGCCAAGGAGGACUUUGAGGAAGGGAAGGAUCUUCUUCUCACGGUUCUUUCUGCCCUAGACACCGAGAAGGUCAUCGCCGUGAAGGAGCUCCAGUAAUUUCUGUGUACGCGCGCGACAACGCGUGCAACCGGAGUCUCUCCAGAGCUUUGAGUUGAGUUUCUCCAAUUACAGGAAGCUAUCCUCUAGGUGCGAGUUUUCUAGCAUCGCGGUGAUUCGGACUCCGCCGUGAUGGGUUUCGUAGCGAGGUACAUACAAAGACAUCAAUAGCAUUUGACUGCGUGAAGAUCGAGUAAAAAUCCACCGAGUAUCAGCUCAGCACAUUCCCGAUUGACGCUGUGGCCACUCACUGAAACGUGGUGAUUUUGGGA